UUGCACCGCCACGCCACAAAACGAAUGACGUCAUAAGACAUAUGACGUCAUAGUACACAAUCCAAGACGGGAAUUGUGGGAGUUGGUUGCCGUGAAACUGGUCAGUCUUGGAGGUCAUUCAAGUGGACACACGUCUAUCUGUGGAGAGCUCACGGUCCCAUCUUAAAUUUACUGCAAUUGAUAAAUUCCCUUCGCUCCAUCAGCUGAACAAGCAUGGCGGACAUAUUGACAAUGAUUGACAUCGUCUACCCAAAGCUCCGUAUGUUCACGGACGGAGCAAGAACAGCCGCACUCAUCAUGUACAGAUUGAAAUAUGGCAAGAAACAGCCACAACACGACUAUAUGGUGGAUCCAGAGGAAGAUAACUCUCACUGGGGUCCAGGGGGAGAUGACUCUUGGCAAACUUGGGGACCAGGGGAAGAUAACCUUCACUGGGGACAAUGGGAAGACAUUUUGGAAGACGAGAGGGACACAAGGUUCGAUAACUCGUACACCUCCAAGCCACAGUCGAACUGGUAUUCUAACUUGGAUGCGGAAUCUGAGACAAACGUGAAGAUUCCAGAUGACGCAAUCAUUCCCAUCGGAUAUGAAGUAAUGGCGGGUGAUGUGAGAACCGCCAGGAGAAAAUCAGGGAAGAAAUCUCUUCGAUCACGAAUCGUAUCGGUGAUGCGGCGGCUGUCAUUCUGUAUACCAAGAAAAACAACUCUAUAAAUAAUCUCACAAAGCUCCGUUGGAUAAAUCCUAAUAUAUUUGUGAACAGAAACAGUAUUACCUUAUAUUUGAUUGAGUAACGAGAAUUGUAUUUUGUGUAUGGUCAUAAAAAUAGUUGUCUCUGUUAAUGUAGAAGGUCCAUCUCACCUAAACAAGUGUAUAUAAACUGCCUGUUGAAGAUAAUAAUGUUCUAUUCAAUUGUUACUGACAAUCAAUCAACAAUGUACAUAUUUCUAUUUAUUUGUAUUAUUGUAAAUAAACAAAACAAAAUUCUUUUGAGCCAUACAGUCUUCUGGAUUUAUUUUUUCUAGUUGUUUCAUCUAAUUGAAUCUCGAGUAUCUAGAGCAUUAUACAUCAAGUUUAAUAUGAUCCAUUCGCUGACAUCGGAACCGAUCCAAAUAGUACGACGCUAGCCAUGG